AUGGAUUUAAACGCAUACAAAGGCUGGUCUCCUGAACUUCAUUCUACAUACAAUCAACUUAUUGAACAUGAAAGUUUCUUGCGUUUGUUUCCUGUCGAAGUUGCAAACUCUAUAGCCGCCAGUACUGUAAUGAGUGUGAAGUGCGAUUGUGCAUGUACUCUUCUGUCAUCAUCGUCUGGUGAUGUAGUGUCUCCCAGUACUGAUACAACACAUGAUAGUUCUGCUUCUCAUCGAAGUGAAUCUAUAUCUUUGCCUCAAAGUAUCUCUUCAGUACUAAAUCCACGUUCAUCUUUUUCUGGUCAAACUUCCGUAGUACGUUUUGAUUCUCCUGAUGAAUUGCGUUGGGUUAUGCACGCUAUCACUUAUGGAUUGACUAUGUCAUUUGAAAAUUGGGAUGUUAUCAAACAUAGUGUACAUAUUUAUUGUUAUUGGAUUAAAUCUCUUAAUUCUUCUAUGCAUUCCACGCAAACAAUCAAUUCAAAUGCACCAGUUCCAUUGAUCUUACAAAAAGAACCACAGCGUUUCUUAAAAUCGCUUCUAUUCUCUCUUACUUAUUAUUUCCUGCCACGUGAUCCAGAACCGCUAAGUGAUCAACCAAAAUUGAUGUUUUCAACACUUGGUCGAAGUUUAACAACGCCACAAUAUUCAUCAAGUACUGAUUCCUCAUCAGAGACUUCAUCUUUUACAGUGACCGAGUCAAUACACUUAUCAACGUUGAUGAGUAGGCAGUUAGAAAUUAUCAAACUGGUAGCUCUUGCAGUGAAAGAAUUAUGCUCAGUACCAACUCAAUUAACAUCUGAUUCCUGGGAUUGUAUAUUACGCUUUUGUCUGAUUAUAUCUCAUGCUAUUCUAUCACCACCUUUACAUUUACCAUCAGGAUCAAUUCAGUCAUCUGCUGGCGCAUCUCAGAUCACUAAUACUGUUGGUGGAUCUAAUUCUACGAAUACUUCGUCAAAUCAACUCAAUAUUUCAGAUGUUAGAAGUAUCAAGGAUUCAUCUGCUUUAUUUGAAGCCAUAUCAGAUUGUGUCUCUACUCUAUUAUUCAGUACUUGGCUAAAAGCAUGCGUUUAUUGUUUUCCGAAGCCGCAACUUUGGUCUGCAUUCAGAGAAUGCUCAAGAGUAUGGCGACAUCAUAAUGCGUUUAUUAGAGAAUGGUCUCGUGUUUCUGUAGCAUUGUCCGCUACUGUACUUGGCAUAAUAAAUAAAUCCACUAACCUAAAUGCUUAUCUCUCUUUCACUCAAUUAAUUCCAUCGGAUAUGCCAAAUGAAAAUGUAAAAGAAGCAUGGAUUCGUAUAUUAUAUUUGAUUGAUAAUCCAGUCGAUCUUAUUCAUGAACGUUUAAUAUGUAAUACACCGAUUUUUGAAGAAUAUAAAAAAUACAAUUGUCACGACCGAAUUCGAUGGACAUCUAUCUAUUUUCCUUAUAUAUAUCAUCAAGCAUUACGUGGCCUAUCAAUGAUUGUGGAUGGAUUUUUAGGUAUUCAACCAAGUCUUGCCAUUGGUAUUGACCCAUCUGUUGGUGUGAUCCCUGAAUUGUAUGGUCCUAUAGGUCGAUUAUUGAAGAGUUAUCCUACAUUUCAAAAAUAUACAGAUACAGAAACUGUGAACAAUGAUGAUGAAAUUAGAAAAGCUGUUCUAUCAGGUUUUUCAAGUAUUCAAGGUGGAUCACGUUUAACUGCUGGUAGUUUUUCCACAGAAAAAGCAAGUAGAAAAUCUCGAUUAGCAAGCGUCGUCACAUCUGCCGGGAUUCUUGCCUCCGCUGGAAAUUCUGGAACAUCAAAAUCUGGAUUAACUUCAUCUAAUAGUAUUUCAGCAUAUGUUCCACAUGUUAAUAAUAGUUCACUUACUCCUAUUGAAAUGAAUGCUUCUUUGACAAACACAUUUCAACAAACACAAACACCAAAUUCACAAACAUCAUUACAAUUAUCAACUAAUUCAUUAAGUGGACAAUCAACAAAUCAAAAAUUAGGAAAUAUUCCACCUUUAUUAUCUUUAAUGAAUAAAAAUCCACAAAUUGAACAUUUACAAAGUUUAGCUAUUAAUUGGUUAUCCACUGAUACUCAAAUCAUGUUAAAUCCUCAUAGACCAGAAAUUAAUUCAUUGUUACAAUUAUUUGGUGUUUGGCUUUUUGAAGCAUCAAUAUCAGGAGCAAAACAAGAUUUAACUGUCACUGUGAUCAGUCAUCGAGCUAAACUGAUCGAUGGUAAUCGUUUUCUAGUUGGUCGUGCUGAAGCUCUUGGUAUUUUAUGUCGUAUAAUGAUCUAUGCUCAACGUGGUUGUUUAGCAGAAGAAUAUAUUACACGAUUUUAUUUAUGCCUUCAUUAUGCUUUGACUAUUGAUCCAACGGUUAAAAAUGAUUAUAUUUUAUGUUUAGUAUUAUUCUAUUCAAUGGAUUUAUUUCGUGUUGAUUUACCUGGUAUUAAUAUAUUGAUACCGCGUAUAUUUGCUGCUUGUCAGCAUAUAUUCAAAGAAGAAAUCAAUAUGAAACCUGAAUUUUUAUCAACAACUUUAGUUCAACGUGCAGCCAUACAUCAACUUAUGUCAUUGGUAUGUAUUCCUAUUCAAUUUAAAGGGGCAUAUGUUAAACCUUUGAUUCCUUUGUCAUCGGAUGAAAAAGAUCCAUAUUCAUUGAAUGAUAUGAAAAGUAGAAUGAUUGAUAUAAUAUGUGAUACAUUGAGUAGUACAGAAGAUCCUGUAAAUUUUCAAUUAUUAUUAAGUGUGGCAUUGGCUUUAAUUGAAGAUAUGUCAGCCGAUGAAAUUCAUGCAUCCAGUAGUCGAAAUGAUCCUGGCAAAUCUCAUACAACAUCUAGUUUCUUUAAUAUUCUGGCACCACUUCUUUGCGGGAAUUUAAUAUAUAAAUGGAAAAAUGAUGCAUCAGUGAUGCUUUAUUUAUUGGAAAUCAUCUCUGGCCUGUCUAAUGUACAUGUGACACCGGCUGAUCCAUCUACUUAUCGACACACUGUUCGAUCAAUAUGUGAAUUUAUUACCAAUCAAUGUAAUCGUGAACGAAAAGAUCAUAAAAGACAAUUACAUAGUAUUAUUGUCGCGGCUUAUUAUUGUUUAUCUUCAUGGAUUGUACAACAUGUGAAUUUAUUAUUAUCUGAUAGAGAAUGUGUUUGGACUAUAUUAGAAACAAUUGAAUUAGGUAUUUGUGGUGCUAAAUCUUCAUUAAAUCAGAAUAAACAAACAAAAAAUGAAGCUCCUACUACUAUUCUCAAAGGUCAAAAACCUUUAAUUCCAUCCUCUAAACGUGUUUGUGAUGCAGCUGAAGCUUGUCUUUCGAAUUUAAUGUCAGUCGCCGGAUCUUUCCCAGGACCAUUCGGCACAGCUACAAUAUGUUCUCGAUUAUCAGAAGAGCAUAUUUUAGAAUUAAUUACACAUGAAAAAUCGAAUUCAUCUAAAAAUCAAUUAGAAUUUCAAUACUUUUGGUCUGAACCUGGUUUAAUUAUUGGCCUAUGUGAAUUCUCUGCGCAUUCAUUGAAAUCAUAUGUAAAACUUCAAAAUGAUGCCAUAACAGAUGGACCAGCUACAGUUUUAAUUAUUCGAGGACCAUUUGGUCGUCAUGUUUGGAUAACACAUAUGCGUCUUUCACCAUUAUUGGAAAAUGAUUCAACUGUUCAGUCAAAUAAUUCAUAUCAAAAACAAGAAGUAGUCAUUAAUCGUCCUAAACCUUGGGGUUGUUUUCUUGAACGACUUAUCACUACUGUAACGAAUAAUGAAAAUGUUCAUGCUUUAAAUUUCCCACCAUCGAUAUCUGAUAUUCCACUUGUUGAAGCUGAUCGUACAAUAGUCUCGCUGGAUAAAGUCGCUAAUGAACUUGGCAGUAAUGUUAAACAAGAAAUUAAUGCAUUUAAAACAUUAAUAGCUAAACAUGCUCCAUUGACAAAAGAAGUUGGAUUACGUUGUGUUCAAGAGAAAAUCAAUGCACCUUAUCCUGAUCGAAUCACAGAAGCAAAAGCACCAAUUUCCGUUGUUAAUUUUCAUCCAAUACGUUUAUUAUUAACACAUUUGGGUUAUUUAUCAAUGGGACCUUAUCAAAUGCCACAAUCAUUAUGGCCACGUCCAGAGUUGAAACGUGAUAGUCAAUCAACUGAACGUUCUGAUCUGACAAAUCGACAAAGUAUAGCUUUAACAACAAAUAAUCGUAUUAUGCAAGGCUUCUCAUCGAAUUCAUCAUCAACUAACACGGAAGAUGAAUUAUUGCCUUUAUUUCCAUUCAAUGUGAAAAGUGCCGAAUUUGCUGAUAUAUUAACAAAUUUAGAUCAUAUGCCAACAAGAACUGGUGAUACAUUGUUAGUUUUUUAUGUUGCUAUUGGUCAGUCAAAAGAGGAUGAUAUUCUUGAGAAUAUGAAAAUUUGGCCAAGACUAUCGGAAGCAUUUCAUCAAUUCUUAAGUGGUAUCGGUUGUAUUAAAACUAUUUCUGAUCAUCCAGGUUGGACAGGAAAUCUUCAAACUAGUUAUCGUGUAUCAACGAAUCAUUGUAAUUCAACAAAAAAAAAUCUACAUAUUGAUCAUUGUCCAGAUGGUAUUCAAUCCAUUAUAUAUUAUGCUGAUGCAAUGACAGAAUUAGCAUGUAUUUGUCCUACUAAUAAAUUUAAUGGAAAUGAAGAGAAAACUGAAACAAAUCGUUUAUUAAAGAAUACACGUUAUCGUACUGCUAGUGAAAAUAUUGCUAAUGUCACUCGUGGGACUGGUCAAAGCGUAGUAGGUAUGGGAGAAGUUGGUGCAGACCCAACUGGAGGUCGAGUAGCAGUUGUAUGGCUUGAACGAUGGGAAGAUGGACCAAUGCAUUGUGGACCAGGAAUUGGAAUGAAUAUACAAAAUAUGACUUGUAAAACUUUUGACUGCCCUGUUACAAUUUAUAUUCAUCCUUUAAGUUCUGGAUUAUGUAGAAUUGGUAUUAUGCGUAUGCAUGGUAGAACAUUUGAAGCUGGUCCAUUACAAAAUGGAUUUGUAUUAAGUCAACGUUGUCUUAGUAGUUUUGUAAGACAAACUGUAAUCAAUUUAUCACGACGACGUCGUUUAGCCUCGGAUUCAUUUCAACCUCCACAUGUUCGACGAAGUCAUGAAUUAUUCAAAUUAGCAGAAGCCAAUCGUAAAUUAGUUCGACUUCAAUCCACAUUAUCUGGCAAUAAAACAAUGAAUACAUCAUACUGUUGUACUCCUGCAAAUAUUGUGCGUAGUCUUUUCUUUAAACAAUUAGAAAUUCAUUCUAGUUAAUUAAAACUUUUAAAUUUGAAUUGUUAAUCUCUUCACUUAUUAUUAUAUCAUUGUUGUAAACAAGAAAUUAUUUACAUUUACAUUUACAUAUCAAUCAGAAUGUUGUCUUUCUUUCUUUUUUUUCAUUAUUAUUUUCAUAGUUUUUGAUCUUAAUUGUUUUUAACUUGUAACUAAAAAAAAAAUAUACUAUUACAUUCCCAUUUAGUUUAUCUGUAAUUAUGGUAACGAUAUACAUAUAUAAUAUGACAUUUGCACAAUUGCUACAC